AUGCGUUUCUCGUCGGCACUUCUUUCCGCCCUCUUGCUUUCCGGCACCUCGCUGGCGACUCCAGCUCCGGUGUCCUCAUCUGUGGGUAUCUCAACGCAGGCGAGACCCGCGCCAGAGGAACAUGUUGCAGCACAGACACCCCCAGCAGCGGAGGCAACGGCCGCCGCCGCAGCCGCAGCAGCAGCAGCAGGGGCAUCCGGACAGACGGCCGGUACCAAGCAACAGCCGAACAAGGAUGCCAGUGCCGGCCAGCAAAACGUGAACGCCGCCAAUCGGCAACCAUCGGCCCAGGGGGCUGAUCAGCAAACCACCCCCAGCGUCGGCCAGCAAACGGCUGCGGCUGCAGAAGCACCAAGUCAAAACACCGCUACACAGUCGCAUGGAGAUCUCCUAUCAGGAUUGGUCGGCGGUCUUCUGGGUGGUGGCUCCAGCCAGGACGCUGGAGCAAGCAGCAGCGCUGCCGCAACCCCUUCACAACCGGGCUUCGAUCGGGCAGCCACUUCUACGCAGGAUGCAGGGUCUUCCGCCACGAGUUCUUCUGGAAACCUGCUGACGGACAUUGGCGAUGGCCUUGGCGGUCUCCUUGGUCUUGCAUCCCCGACAUUCUUGAAGAAUGUUGAGUCUUUCUUCAACCACUUCGCAUACCUCUUCGAUGAUAAGACCACCGACCAGACGAAGUCCCUGCUCGACACUGCUUACAACCUGCUCAACAACCAGUUGAUCACCGAAUUGACUGGUCUUCUGAACAAUGCAAACAGUCUGUUGACCCCGACAUUUGUGAACGAGACCCAGCAAUUGAUCGGCUCGGUUGGUCCACUUGUCACACCCCAGCUGUUCAAGAAGGUCUCUACAUUGCUUGAUAAUGGUAACAACCUGUUGACUGCUGAGUUUGUCAAGGAGGUUAAUGGCCUGAUCGGCAAUGCGAACAACUUGUUGACGGCUGAGUUCGUCAAAGAAACAAAGGAGCUUAUCCAAUCUGUCUCUCCUAUAUUGACACCAGACAUGCUUGGAAUGGUUGGCACGCUCUUGAACAAUGCCAAUAAUCUCCUAACUACAGAAUUUGUUAAGGAGACCAAGUCGCUCAUCAGUGCAGUUGGCCCUAUCUUGACACCAGAGCUGGUCAAGGAGGUCAACACGUUGCUGACCAAUGCCAAUGGCUUGUUGACCGCCAACUUCGUCAAGGAAACGACAUCUUUGAUCGCGACCGUCGGGCCCGCUCUGACACCUCAGCUGUUCAAGGAGGUCAACUCGGUUCUUAGCAACGCCAACGGCCUCUUGACGCCGAGCUUCGUCAAUGAAACCCAAUCACUGAUCGGGGCCGUCGGACCUGCACUCACUCCCGAGCUAUUCAAGGAGGUCACAUCGGUCUUGGGUAAUGCCAAUAGCCUGUUGACCGCCAACUUCGUGAAGGAGACUCAGAGCUUGAUCGGCGCAGUUGCCCCUGUUCUGACACCUGGCAUUCUUGUGGAAGUUGCCGGCUUGUUGGGCAAUGCCAACGCCCUCCUUACACCGGCAUUCGUGAAUGAAACUCAAGGCUUGAUUGGCGCUGUGGCCCCGAUUUUGACGCCCACUCUUCUUGGGGAAGUUGGCAGCCUCCUGAACAAUGCCAACUCUUUGUUAACGACAGGAUUCGUUGACGAGACCCACUCACUGGUUGGCAGUGCAAAUGACCUACUGACGACCGAUUUCGUCAAGGAGACCCGCGGGUUGAUCGGUGAUCUUUCGCCGGUCAUCACGCCUCACCUGCUCUCAGAAGUCGCAGGUCUGCUGGACAACGCGAACUCCCUGUUGACACCGAAGUUUGUCAACGAGACGCAAGGACUGAUUGAUGACAUCUCGCCGGUUCUCACGCCGGAGAUGCUGGGUGAGGUUGGCGAACUUCUCGGAAAUGCCAACAAGCUCUUGACCACCAAAUUCGUUGAAGAAACCCAGAGCCUGAUCGAUAAUGUGUCACCUGCCAUUACUCCUGCUCUCCUCAGCAACGUGAAAGACCUUCUUGGAAAUGCAGCGAAUCUGCUGACGCCUAAAUUCGUGAAUGAAACAAGCAAUCUCAUCGACGAAGUCUCGCCAAUCCUCAGUGAAAUCGCACCGAUUCUCAGUCCCGAAAUGCUUGGAACAGUUGGUGGCCUUCUUGGAAACGCCAACGAUUUGUUGACCUCGAAGUUUGUUAAUGAAACACAAGUGCUUGUUGAGGAUGCUUCUGAGUUGCUUCCCGCUAUGGUCAAGGUCUUAGGAUCACUGUAA